AUGGCGAUUGAUUCAGCUAUUGUUUCAUCAAUAUCCACCAAUUUGAAUUCUGUUCCUAUAUUGAGUAGAACAAACUUUAAGGAAUGGAAAGACACCAUACAAAUUAUGUUGGGUUGCAUGGAUCUAGACCUUGCAUUAAGGGUUGAGCAACCUCCUCUUACAGAUGUAAGUUCCUCUGAUGAAAGGAGGUACUUUAAGAAGUGGGAUCGCUCAAAUCGCAUGAGUCUAAUGAUCAUUAAGCGCACCAUUCCGGAGUCUUUUAGAGGUGCAGUGUCUGAAGGGCUCACCAAUGCUAAAGAUUUCCUCACUAAAAUUGAAAAACGCUUUGCAAAAAGUGAUAAGGCGGAAACAAGCAUGCUUUUGCAAUGCUUAAUUUCCAUGAAGUAUAAAGGAAAAGGAAACAUUAGAGAAUAUAUUAUGGAAAUGUCUCAUAUAGCUGCUAAGCUUAAGGAACUCAAGCUUUUGCUAUCUGAAGACUUAUUGGAGCAUUUGACUCCCUCUGCAUUUUUGUCUUCUCCACUCUAUGUCUACUGUAUUUCGUUUUUUACGGGAAAGCCCUUUAGGGCUGUGAUGAAACCCUGA